UAUAUACAUUGGAAAUUGGACCUUGUUAUGAAGGUUGUUAUUUGUAAUCAUUUGUUUAUGUGUGGACCAUUUGUUUAUUAAUUGAAAAUGGCUUCUUUUAAAUUGUUAAUGUCGUCAUUACCGGCUCGGUUUAUGGUCUCUCGAGCCUCCGAGUCUCAAUUAUUGACUCGGUUAAAUGGUAAAGUGGGUAUGAUGUCAGCUGCUGGUAUUUGCCACAAAGAUAGGAUGGAUCCGGUUGCCGUAGCCGUUAAACCUAAACCAUGGCCAUACAGAGAGAAACAAAUUAAAAAUUGGAGAUUUUGGCUAACUGGUGAAUCUACAACUGAUAGAUUUGAUGAAAAUACUGUAAUGGUUACCAUUGAAGGUCUACCUGGAUCGGGAAAAUCUGCAUUAGCUAAGAAACUUGCUGAAAUGACAAAUAUGUAUCAUCAACCUAAGGCUAACUUCGACUUUGUUUAUAUUAGACCAGAUGGCUUGGAUUAUCGCAUUUUUAACAAAGUCUAUUUUCCUCAAGCUCAAUAUCCUGACUUAGAUAUGUUCUUUCAAAAUCCAAAACAUCCGAAAAUGGGUAGAAUGCAAUUAUUGUUGUAUAAAUUGAGAUUCUUCCACUAUUUGGAGGCUAUGAUUCACCUGUUUAAUACUGGUCAAGGUGUUAUUAUGGAAAGAACUCCUUGGUCUGAUCAAGUUUUUGCGGAAGCUAUGCAUAAAUGUGGUUAUCUUAAUGAUGAAACUUGGAGGUUCUAUACUAUAGUAAGACAUAACACUCAAAUUAAAAUUUGGAGACCACAUCUUGUUAUUUACAUUGAUACACCAGUUGAAACAGCUAUGAAAAACAUUAAGAAGCGAAAUAAUCCAAACGAAGUCAACAGUCCAAUAUGGAAUACUGAUUUUAUUAAACAUAUUGAUGAAGGUUAUAAAGAAAGGAUUUUGCCACAAUACGAUGAGCACUCUCAUGUAGUAAUUUAUCCAUACAAAGAUGAGCUAGAUGCUGAUUCGAUUCUUCAAGACCUCGAGAAAAUUGACCUUCAAGUUUGUUUGAGUUCGGUAAAGUUAUGUGAUUGGCGUCUUGGGGAUGAAAAUGAGUGGAACGAUUGGAGGCUAACUUACACAAAUGAAAUUGAAAUGUGGAUGGCCAAGUUCAACCUUCCAACUUGGGAUGUUGAAGAUUUUGAUUAUUCAAGCGAAGCUAAAGAGAUUCACCUGCAAACUGAAACAGCUUUGGCUCCUGGUUACUGGCCAAACUUUGAUCCUGAUAGACAUUCAGUCUGGAAUUUGGCUUUCAAGCGAGACAAUAACUACUGGCAGGACAGAGCCAUGAAUUUAUUCAAAGCUUACACUCCUUAAUUGUAUAAAUGUUUACUUGUAAAAAUUAUCUACGUCAUGAUUCAGUUUCGGUUGCUUUAUUUUAGUGAUAUUGAACCAUCAACUAAAUUCUAAUGAAUAGUAAUAAGAAAUGAAAUUUGGAAAAUUAUUGCAGCAAGAAUUGAAUCUUGAUUGUAAUACAAUGAAGAUAUAAAAUUAAAUGAUAUUAUGUACGAAUGAAA